GGUAUGGGGGAUAAUAAGUUUAUCACUAGUAUUUAUUUGGCAAUUAUACACACUUUGGUUACUCAUCCAACUUCAUGAAUCCGCCCCUGGAUUGCGCUAUAGCCGCUAUCUUCGCCUUUCAAUGGCUGCCUUUGGUGAAAAGCUAGGGAAGAUUUUGGCCCUAUUGCCAACAAUGUACCUAUCAGGUGGUACUUGUGUUACACUUAUUAUUAUUGGAGGUAGCACUAUGAAGAUUUUCUUCCAAACUGUUGGUGCUUAUAAUACCCCUGUAAGUACAAUAGAGUGGUAUCUUGUGUUCACUGUCUCAGCAAUAGUUCUUGCUCAGCUUCCUAAUUUAAAUUCCAUAGCUGGAAUAUCUCUCAUCGGUUCGCUCUCCGCUGUGACCUAUUGUACUAUAACAUGGGUAAUUUCUAUUGUAAAAGGAAGGCCACAAGAUGUUUCAUUUGAAACUGUUGAAAAUAAAUCUGAUGUUGCAAGAAUUUGUAGCAUUUUGAAUGCUCUUGGAAUGAUAGCUUUUGCAUUCAGGGGCCAUAAUCUUGUUCUUGAGAUUCAGGGUACAAUGCCUUCUAGCUUAAAGAGUCCAUCUCAUGUGCCAAUGUGGAAAGGAGUCAAGUUCUCAUAUUCUAUCAUUGCUUUGUGUUUGUUUCCAUUGGCAAUUGGAGGAUACUGGGCUUAUGGAAACUUGAUGCCAAAUGAAGGGAUAUUGAGUGCAUUGGACAACUACCAUGGAGAAGACACUUCAAGAGCAAUUCUAGGGCUAACAAGUUUACUAGUAGUAAUCCAUUGCCUUACCUCAUUCCAAAUCUAUGCAAUGCCAGUUUUCGAUAACUUAGAGUUUCGAUACACCAGCAACAAGAAACAACCAUGUCCAUGGUGGCUUAGAACAGGAUUGAGAUUAUUCUUUGGAUGCCUAGCACUUUUCAUAGCAGUAGCACUACCUUUUUUGCCAAGUUUGGCUGGGCUCAUUGGUGGCAUUGCUCUGCCUGUUACCUUGGCACAUCCUUGUUUAAUGUGGAUAAUGAUCAAGAAACCUAAGAGAUAUAGUUCAAGUUGGUUUGUUAAUUGGUCACUUGGAGUUUUGGGCUUGGUUCUAAGUGUUGUUUUGGUAUUUGGUGCAAUUUGGACUAUAGCAAUUCAAGGUUUGGAUGUCCAUUUCUUCAAGCCCCAGUGAAUAGCUCUAUUGCUCGAACUCUUCAAAAAUGUCAACAGGUGCGUGUCGGAUUCGCUAAAACUAGUAUAUUUUUGGAGAAUCCGACACGGGUGCGACAUCAAAAAUGAAGAGUCCACGCAACUUAGUUGAAUAGACCUAAAAGGCUCGACAAAUUGAUGAAAUCUAACUAGUAACUUUAUUGGUGAAAAUGGGAAGAAAAAGAACUUACAACAGCCAGCCAACCAACAGGACGUGCAAGUUGCAACCUCUUCAUGUAAUCUGUAAAUAUAAAAGCAUACAAGCACUUGUAUCUUGUUGUUGACUUCAAUGUACUACUUGUGUAAAAAUGAUAUUAUUGCUUGUCAAGAAAACAUGUUCAGACUGAUCAA